GGAUUUUCAAGCGCUAAGAUUUCCCGAUAAAGUUGUAAAAUGACGAAAAAACUUCUUAUGUUGUUACCUCAUGGUGCAGAGGAAAUGGAGUUUGUUAUUUGCGUUGACGUUCUGCGAAGAUGUGGUGUCAACGUAACUGUUGCAGGAAUCAGCGAUAAAACGGUGAAGUGUUCCCGAGAUGUAGUUAUCAAUGCAGAUAUAACUUUGGAUGAGGCUGCGAAUGAAGAUUUCGACGCAAUUGCUCUUCCGGGAGGUCUUGGUGGUUCUAAGGCCAUGGCAGGUUCCUCAAAAUUGGGCGAAGUGUUGAAGUCGUUUGAAUCCAAAGGAAAGCUCAUUGGUGCCAUUUGUGCAGCUCCAACAGUGCUUUUGCAUCAUUCGAUUGCCCUGGGAAAAACAUUGACGUCGUAUCCCUCCUUCAAGGAUCAGUUUUCCGGCAAGUACACCUAUGUUGAGGACAAAACCGUGGUGGUUGAUGGAAAUCUUGUUACUAGCCGUGGCCCUGGUACAGCUUUCGAUUUCGCAUUGAAGCUUGGUGAGAUUCUUGUUGGCUUGGACAAGGCAAAGCAAGUUGCUUCCGCAAUGCUAUACAAUAUAAACUAACUACCGCUACUUCCUAAACAAAUUAGUUUUGUUA